GGGCCAUUUCCUUCCCCAACAGAGGGACCUGAACGCAGGCUGGUGCAGACAUGGUGCCCCUGCUGCUGCUGCCCCUGCUGUGGGGGGGGUCCCUGCAGGAGGACUGGGGGUACAAGCUCCAAGUGCAGGACACGGUGACGGUGCCAGAGGGUCUGUGUGUGCACGUGCCCUGCACCUUCUCCUAUCCCAGGAGCUCGUGGCCUACCCGUGAGAGGCCCUACGUGUACUGGUUCCGGAGUGGGGACAGCUCCCAUAACUCUCAGCCUGUGGCUACAAAUGAUCAAAAAACAAAGGUGAAGACAGAGUUCCGGGACCGGUUCAUCCUCGUCGGGAAGCCCGGGGAAAACGACUGCUCCCUGAGAAUCAGAGAGGCCAGGAGGAGCGACCAGGGACUCUACAGGUUCCAAAUAGAGACAGACUAUCGGAGAUAUACUUACAGAGAUAAGCAGCUGAACCUGCAGGUGGCAGCCCUGACACAGGAACCCGACAUCCACUUUCCGGAGCCCCUGAAGUCUGGCUAUCCCACGAACCUGACCUGUAGUCUGCGGGGAAUCUGUGAAGAAGGAGGACCUCUCAGCUUCUUCUGGGUGGGGGGUGCUCUUGACUCGCUGGACCCCCAGACCCUCCACUCCUCGGUGCUGACCCUCACCCCGAGGGUGCAGGACCAUGGCAGCAACCACUGUCAGGUGCACCUGCCAGGAGGUCAGGGCACCGUGGAAAGAACCAUCAGGCUCAAUGUCUCCUACGCUCCACAGUUGAUGACCACGCGUGUUUUUCAGGGAAACUACACAGUCCCGAAGAUGCUGAGCAACGGCAUGUCACUGCCUGUCUUGGAGGGUCAGUUCCUGAGCCUAGUCUGCAUCGCUGACAGCAACCCCCCUGCCUUGCUGAGCUGGUCCCGGGAGGGCAAAGCCCUGAGCCCCUCCCAGCCCUCGGCGCCUGGGGUCCUGGAGCUGCUCCACGUAGGGGUGGAAGAUGAAGGGGAAUUUACCUGCCAGGCUCAGAACACGCUGGGCUCCCAGCACAUCUCCAUCAGCCUCUCUGUGCACAGUAGCCCCUCUUCCUGCAACUGUGUGACUGAGAAGCAGGAGGGCUCCUGGCCCCUGGUCCUCACCCUGAUCAGAGGGGUCCUCAUGGGGGCUGGCUUCCUCCUCGCUUAUGGCCUCACCUGGAUCUACUACACCAGGUGCAGGGGACCCCCAGGGAUCGGGGCCGAGAGGCCUGAGUGAGCCUUUCUCCUUCUCAAGACGGGACUGAGGUGUGGACCUGGAGCCCAGGGGGACAGAUAUGAGACGUCAUGGUCAGCUUCUUCCUGGAACCUCUCAACUCAAACCUUCUCCACUGUACCCCUGGAGUUUAAUUUGGGGAGGUGAAGGAGCGAUGACACAGAGAGGCCAACACCAUCAGAAGUUACUACUUACGUUUCCCAAGGAAACGGGGCAUGCCACGCCAUGCAGGGCCAUGCGAGAAGAAGCACCACGUUUUGGCUGGGAGGCAGAAGCAGGUACAGGGGAGGCCUCGCAAAAGCCUUUCCUGGGGUUUGUGUGAGAAAGACAAGGCCAGGAGUAUAGUUCAGGAUCAGCUAGUCUUGAGUAAUUCUGGGGGGCCUUGACCUAAAGGGGUGACUCUAGUUGUCUGCGACCUGUCCUUGGUGAUUUAGGGCAGGGUGUGUGGGUUAGAGAAAAGUGGUGUUUGGGGCGUCUGGGUGGCUCGGUUGGUUGAGCAUCUGCCUUCAGCUCAGGUCAUGAUCCCAUGACCCUAGAGUCCCCGGAUUCAGCCCUCCAUCAGGGCAGGGAGCCUGCUUCCCCCUCUCCUCUGCCCCUCCCCCUGCUUGUGCUCUCUCUGUCUCUCUGUCUCUCUUUCAAAUAAAUAAAUAAAACUUUUUUUUUUUAAAGGGUAUUUGGGGGACACGUGCUGGGGAUUGGUUAGUUUGAUCUGAAAGUUGAGCUCCCGGCAGAACUCUUUGCCAUCUCUAAAAACUGGCUAGCCCUAGGAGGCGCCAUCUCUCCCCAGAUGGCAAGCUUUUUAAGGAAAAAAGGAAGUAAAAACACACCAUAGCUGAUGCCCCCUUGUUUCUGCCUAAGGCCAGUCUCCAUCUGCUCAGCCUGCCUCUCCUUGCUGGCUCUGCCCAUCCCACCCCUCCCACCCUCCUCCUCUCCAUCCCCAGCCCUGCCCCUGUAAGGGAGCUUACUUCCCAUGACCUGCUCAACCCCUGAGUUUCUGGUCUCUCAAACUUCCCUCUCAGUGUAGACGAUAGUGCAUAAUAGAGUCAAGAAUACAGCUUUUCUUUCCCAGAUGAGAGACACCUACCUCAUAAUAAUUGCUACAGAACAUCACAUUUAAUUAUAAAUAAAAGUUUUAUUAAAGAUGCAACCUAAAAAUUAAUUUUACUGUUUAAUGUCUCUGUGGAAGUUUCGAGAGCAAAACUAUGUCUCAAUCUUCUAUCCUUUUUUUUUGUUGAACACGGUCUAAAGAAGACUUUUUAUGUAUUCAUUGUGUUUGGAGGUCUAACUUAAAUUGAUUAAAUAAUCAAAUCUAAGGAGUGCAACUAGAUGAAUGCUUACCUGUGUGCACACCCUUGC